AAUGAACCGGUGCCUGAUGUCAAACUGCCUCGCUCAAAAAAUUGUCAAAAUCACAAAAAUAGUUUUUUUUGCAGAAGCUACGUCCAAAAUGGCAGCCACACGAAGACUCCAAAAGGAACUGGCUGACAUCCGCGCAUCCGGUCUGAGAUCAUUCAGAGACAUCAUCGUAGACGAAGGAAAUCUAUUGUUAUGGUCUGGGCUGAUCGUUCCGGAAAAUGCUCCAUACAAUAAAGGUGCGUUCAGAAUCGAAAUAACAUAUCCAGCCGAAUAUCCUUUCAAACCACCAAAAAUUUGCUUCAAAACCAAAAUUUACCACCCUAACAUAGACGAGAAGGGUCAAGUGUGCUUGCCAAUUAUUAGCGCUGAAAACUGGAAGCCAGCGACCAAGACUGAUCAAGUAAUACAAGCUCUGAUAGCUCUGGUGAAUGAUCCUGAACCAGAGCAUCCGCUGCGGGCGGACCUAGCAGAGGAAUACCUGAAAGAUCGCAAAAAGUUCACCAAGAACGCUGAAGAAUACACCCGGAAACACAGCGAAAAACGGCCGGAAUAAGAUUCCCUUCCACCACAUCCUCAGCGUAAAAAAGCAAAUCCAAAUCACAAAUACACACACAAACGCAUAAGUACGUUGUGUAUACUUAAAUUCAUCUAGUAUUUUCUUUCUUUUUUAAUUCCUUAUUUAAACAAUGGCGUUAAGCUGUCUUGUUGCAAGUUCAACGCAAAAACAAAACAAAACAAAUGAUAAUAAAUUUGAAUAGAUGAAGUGCGUUUCCUUUUUCAUUUGGUUGCUUUUCUCAUUUUUCAUUUUCUGUUUAUUUUUUUUGCUGUGAGAGUGCAUAGAAGAUCAUUUGAGCUGUUCCUUAGCGUAGCGCAUUAUGCAAGUUUGUUUUAAUGCUUGGAAAUGCCGUUUUUCUUGAAUUCGACUCGAUUAUUAACAAUAAUAAUAGUGAAACAUGCUUUAACAAAAACGAAGUGAAAUAACUAAAGCAACCCUUAAGUUAUAAGAAAACUAAUGUAAUAACUUAAACAAGAAAACUUACACUGAAGUGAAGAGAGAAAGAAAAUGUGUAAUGCAUUUAAGUUAGAUCUAAACAAUAUGUACUAUGUAACACGUCUGUGACAGCAAAACUGCGUUCUAACUAUAAUUAGAAAAAAAAAAAGAAUAUGUUCAAUAAAAGUAACGAACAAAUGUUGAA